AUGCGGAAGCGAUUGAUUUGGUGUUGGAAAAUUAUCAAACAGUACUUAAGUAAUUGCAGCAUUCAUGGCGCCAGAUAUCUUGUUGAUGAUCAGCUUUCGUAUCUGGAAAGAUUUUUUUGGUUGAUUGCCUGCGUACUGUGUUGGUAUGGUUGCGUGGACAUGAUUAAAUCCGCAUUGAUAAAUUAUAUUGAGUAUCCCGUCGCUGUAUCCGCGGAGACCAUGUAUCUUCAUUGGGUAACACCAUUUCCUACGGUUGCUUUUUGCAUUUCCUCGUCUAAAACGAUUUCAAACAACUAUUUCAAAAGGAAUCCAGGAGCGCUUGCAAAUUAUACCAAUCCGAAUUUACUUUCUACAACAGCGGAGGAACUUUUGUCCGCUUACGAACAGAUGAAACUUCCGUGUACAAAAUUAUUAGUCGACUGCGAGUGGAACAACGUGAAAUUUAAUUGCUGCGCCGAGUUUCAAGAAUUAAAAAAAACUGGCAUAGGUUAUUGCCUCGCUAUGAAUACGUUUCAUCUGACUAGCGACGGUAAACCAAGCGUACAAUAUCUCAUAAAUCGAACCGUACAAUAUGGCGAUCUUUUUAUUGAUAUAAAUUCAACCUCGAAGUCUUACAAGUUUUUAUAUAAAAUGCUCUAGGUACACCUUUUCAACAAUUACGAAUUGCCAACGAUCAACAACGUGGAGAAGGACACAAUACAUUUGAAAAUCGGCAAGACGACUCGCGUGGAAUUCAUAAUGUACGACACGGUCAACCAAGACGGUGUAAAGAAAGUCGCGAUCAAUCAUCGGAAUUGUCGGUUUUCGCACGAGAAACGGGAAAACAGUCUGUUUGACAUUUACAGCAGCGACUCGUGUUAUCUGGAGGUAAUCAUAGAGCGGAUGAUAACAUUCUGCGGCUGCGUGCACUUUUAUUAUUUCAUACCGCGCGGUGCACGAGCUUGCAACGGAACCGAAAUGUUGUGCAUAAUCGCCAAUAAGACGAACAUUCUCUCUUACUCGAUGAGAGACAAACAAUGUCUGCCAAAUUGCGACGGGACGUCACUGCUCACAAAUCGAUGGGAACAGCCUGAGUACGAAUCUCCAAACCCUUCUUAUUCAACGCUUCAUGUUACGUUAUUAUCGCAUCCAACAGUGAGAUAUCGCCGAUACGUAGCUAAUGAUCUCUUGGAUGUUGUAGGUAAACACUUGACAAUAAUGUAUAUUCUAUAA